AUGCUGGACCAAAUAGAUAUUAGAAGUAAUAGUAGUAGUCUAGCAUUAUGUCUACUUUUAUUAAUCUUAUUAACACCAGUGUCAAUAAUUAUAUUUAUUAAAAGUAAAUCAACACCAAAAGGGUCAAGAUUUAUAUUAUAUUUACUUAUAAUUAUAUUAAAUUUAAAUAUAUGGUAUUUACUUUUAAGUGAAUUUCAAUAUAAUAAUGAAAAGAUAAUAAAACAAAUCAAUUCACCUUUAAGUGAAUCUAUAUAUGAUUUCCUGUUUAAAUCUUUUAAAGUUCCUGGAUAUUCAUUUAUAGAAGCUGGGAACGAAUAUUCUUCAAAAGACUUUAAAUGUUCACAAGUUCAAUUUGAAGAUACAGAAAAUAUUCAAUCUACAAGAUUAUUUGAAUUAAAUAAAAAACAAGAUUUGAAAAUAUUUAGAGAUCAAAUUAACAAACUUCGUAACAAAAGAAAGAUUUAUGAUGUUUGUUUUCAAGAUGGACCAAAUGAAACUGAAGAAGAAAUAUUAAAUACUAAAUGGUUUAAAUUUUGUGGUAGUUCAGUUUGGUUAUCCAAAUAUAAUGUUCAUUUCAUGGUUCAUCGUAUAGUAUACACCAAAAAUGCUCAUAGAAAUGGUCCAACAAUCUCGAUUCUUGCUGGUCAAGUAUUUGACAAGGAUUGGAAAGAAUUGACUGGAUUCAAAUUCCCCAAUUCAAACCUAACUUUCCCAACUAUCUUACCUCAUUAUAUUGACGCUGGAAGACGAAAAGAAAAGAAUGUGUUAGGUUCAGAAGAUCCUAGAAUUAUUUUGCAUGAAUUUAUAAAUUCUCAAGGAGAACAAGAUCAAGAACCAAUGAUUGUAUUUAAUUCAAGAAGAACAGAUAUUAAUUGGAAUCGUGCCAUGCAUGUGUAUCGUCCACUACAUGAUUCAUAUAAGAUUGUUAGAUUAUCUAUCAAUGGUAAAAAACGUUCUUUCAGAGAAAAAAAUUGGGCACCAUUCAUGGAUCCAUCUGCCGGGACCAAUAACACGAUUAAUUUCGUUUAUAAUUUCAAUCCAUUACGUGUUGUGCAGUGUGACGUUCUUUCUGGAGAAUGUAAUAAAAUAUCAGGGCCAGAUUUUAAUAAAGAUGCCAAUGAUAAUGCUGGGAAAUUAAGAGGUGGAACUAAUAUUAUUCAAAUUGAUUCAAAAUAUUUGCCAGAAAAAGUACAAGAUAGAUUAUAUUGGUUUGGAAUAGCAAGAUCACAUAUUGAAUCAUGUGGAUGUUUACAUGAAUUAUAUAGACCUCAUGCAUUUAUUAUGUCCCGACCAAAGAAUUCUCAAAAUUUCACAUUGGAUUAUGUUUCUUCACUUAUUGAUUUCAAUAUUAGUCCUGAGCCUUGGAAUGAUGGAGAAGGAGUUUGUUCUGAUGGGAAAUCGGUUCUUAUUCCUAAUUCGAUUGCAUAUUGGGAUGCUUUACCUUCAUCCAAUAAUAAUAAUGAUGGGUCCGCAAUAGAUUAUAUGGGAUUAACAGUAAGUGAAGCUGAUAAGACAAAUCGAAUGAUACAUAUGAAAGGAUGGUUAUCUCAUAUUUAUAAGAUUUUGGAUGGUGAUAGGGAUACGAUUAAAAAACAUUAUAAUGCCGAGGGUUUCAUGGAGAGUGAGAAUCUAUUAUUGGGAGAAUGUGCAACUAAUUUGGCACAGGAUUAUUGUAGAAAAAGUGAAAAAUUAAUGAAAUGGGAUUAG